AUGUUUCCGAGCCCCGUGACCAACACGCCUUUCUCGGUCAAGGAUAUCUUGAGUCUGGAGCAGCAUCCUGGCGGCCUGGCGUCCCUGGAGCUCUCGGCCUUGGGCUCGCCCUCCUCCUGCAUGCUGGCCACCUUCAAGCAAGAGUCCUACCCGGCAGAGGACGCCCCUCUCGCCGAGGCCCCGGCCGGCCUGGCCAAAGGCUGCGGCAGCACUUUUCCCGGCCCAUUCUUCGCCAAGAGCUACGUGGAGGUAGAACCGACCAAGGAGCCGAAGGAGAGCAAAAAAGAGCUCUGCGUCCUCUCGAAGUCGCUGGAGCAGAAGCGGGACGCCGAGGAGGCGGAGCGUCCCCGGCAGAGGAAGAGACGGAAACCCCGCGUGCUUUUCUCGCAGGCGCAAGUCUACGAGCUGGAGCGCCGCUUCAAGCAGCAGAAAUACCUCUCGGCCCCGGAGAGGGACCACUUGGCCAACGUGCUGAAGCUCACCUCCACCCAGGUGAAGAUCUGGUUCCAGAACCGCCGCUACAAGUGCAAGAGGCAAAGGCAGGAUCAGAGCCUGGAGCUGGUGGGCAGCAUCCCGCCGCCUCGCCGGAUCGCCGUGCCGGUCCUGGUCCGCGACGGGAAGCCCUGCCUGGGCGACGCGUCCCCUUACAGCUCGCCCUACAACGUCAGCCUCAACCCCUACAGCUACAACGCCUACCCGAGCUACGGCAGCUACGGCGGCGGCGGCGGCGGAGGCACCGGGGCCUGCAACGCCAGCUACAGCUGCAGCUACCCGGCCGUGCAGAGCGUCCAGCCUUCGACCGCUGCCGGCAACUUCAUGAACUUCAGCGUGGGGGACUUGAACCCGGUGCAAACCUCCAUCCCGCAAGGGAACGGCGGCCUUUCCGCAUUGCAUGGCAUCCGAGCCUGGUAGGGUCAGAGGGCCAGAGGCCUUCCGGGGGCAAACUCGACUGCAGCCCGGCGCCUCCUUCGGAGAUGCGGCCUGCACGAUUGUCCCGGACAUAAGAAGCCGUGAGAGAGAGAGAGCGAGCGCCCUUUUCCGCGCUAGGUGGGGCCGAG